AAAUUCUGGUAAAAAAUGAUUUCUAGGAAAGUUUAAGGAAAUUUGGUUUAAAAUUCUGGUAAAAAAUGAUUUCUAGGAAAAUUCUAGAUAUUGUUUUUAAAUAUAUUUUUAUUAGCUUUGCAAAAACUUCUUAAAAUAUGAGCAAACUGCCAAACUUUGUUACCAAUUUAUUAAACCGUAAAAUAAAAAAUAAUGCUAAAGAAAAUCAAUCAGUCACUUUUAAACUCAAACUAAAUGGGUUUCCUGUAAAACCACCUGUAAAAGUACCGGAAUUCAUUUCGAUUCGUGAUGUAUUAAAUAACUGUGACAUUGAUAAUGAUCUUAAAGGUGAGCUAGUUAUGUCUACAAAACCACCGAAACAACCGAUUUUUGCAGCAUUAGGAAACAGUUUAAUCGGAGCCUUGUAUGACGCUUAUAAAAAUCACUAUGCUAUUUCGAUUCGCCCUGAUGAUGUCUGGUUAACAAUAAUCAUAGAGCUAGCAGACUACGUUGAUAAACACGCCGAAGAGAUGCGUAAUCUUUUUGUAAACCACGAGGGAAAAAAGGUAUUGACAGUUAUUAGCGAUGUUGGUGGUAAUACUGUAAACGAUUGGGCCGGUUUAAUCAAAAAAAUAUCAAAUCUUAUUGUUGAAAAUACUGAAGCCAACUUGCGCGAUUUUAUUGAGCCUCAGUUUUCAACCACUACACCCAACGACAGUUUGAUUGCGCGAGUAGCGCUAAUGGGAACUGUGAAAAACUAUUUUUCGUAUCAUUUUCUUUUGGUAUGCGGCAUACCUCAGGUAACUUUAAUGGGAACAAUUGGUGACUGGAUAAAUUUAAAAGAAAAAAUUGUUGAACUUGGUAAGAGAUUUGCUGAAAAUCAACCAGAGCUAGGUUGGUGGAGCAAUAUUUUAGUUCCUAUUGCCGAUAAAUUUAUUGAAAGUUAUAAUGGAAAUCCUAAUGAAAAUUUUUGGCAGAGUUGCGUUGAUUUUCAUGCCGAACGAGGUUCACCAUCAUGCAUUAAUCCAAACAACGAAUGGAAGCCAAGUUACUUAACUGGAUGGGCAUUAGCAUUUUCGCCUUUUUUUAAAGGUCAUUGGCGUUUAAAUAAACCAGAAGAAAUUUUAAAAUCGGGUUUUUAUGGAGAAGUUCUUGAAAGAGAAUCAAAACUCAGCGUUGUUAAAGUUGAUUUUAAAGUAAAUGAAAAAAAUGGUUGUUUUUAUGCAGGUAGCAUCGUUAACACCUACCAGAAAAAUACAAACACUAUUCGACCCAACUUUGAUUUUGCUAUGUUUAUGGUCCCAUUUGAAGGCAUAGUUAAAAACAAGUUUUAUGAUUUUGAUUAAAUUACAAAAUUAAAAACCAUCCGUAAUACUUUUAUACUAAAAACUUAUGUUUAACAUAUAUUUUAUUUAACAUACUUAUGUGCUUAAAACAUUUAAUGCAUAACAUAAUUGAAGUUAAAUAUAAUUAAUGUCUUUUAUAA